AUGUCGUCGGAGGAGGAUCCGACGUCAGGGAUGAUGUUACAACAUAGUGCGCAUGUCUCAAUUCCCGCCCGUUCCAUCGAAACGGAAUGCAAUCUGCACGUUGUCGGCUUUGGAACUCCAUCCCUCUUGAUUGACCCUGAAAGCAAAGACCCCUGGAGACCGACGGGGGUCUCGAAAAGCUUGGGCGGGAUGGACAAGCCCCACCAAACCACAAGCUUAACCCCAGAAUUAGGAGGACGCUUGCGUCGCGAAUUUGCUACGAUGGAGGUGAAUCAGCACCCCCACAAAGCAUAUCAGACCGCCUUACAGAUCAAUGGAGUCAAUUGCAUUCGCUCCGAGGACCCUGCGUGGUGA